GGACAAGAGGAGUUUCGCUUCGCAUUUUCUUGGAAGGUAAAACAAAAGUACAUUGAAAACGGACCGUGACAUUGCGGUCCACCGAGAUAGCCAACUUUGUAGACUUAGGAGGGCUAGAGGGAGAGAACUACAACGUAAUCUGUUCUUUUGCAGUACUAAUAAUGAGAAGAGCAAAGAGUGCCACUAGGUAUCCCCCAGCAGGUGUCCAUCCUUCCGAACUGGUGGUGAAAAAUGCUGUUCAUUUUAUUGUAUCAAACGGAGGACAAUUGACAAUCUCCCAGCUUUUACCUUUAAUUCGUCAGCAUCCACAACUCAACUUUUUAGAUAUAGGAAACUUACAUAAAAUUUUACAAGCUUAUCCCAAUGUUUUUGAGGUUGUGGACAAUAGGAAAGGCAAACCCCAGAUGCAGGUCCACUUAGCGUUUGAGUUAGAUGUAUGCGACCAGCCUAGAAAGUGUGGCGGUUACCCUGUGUGUAAAGCUCUACACAUCUGCAAAUAUUUCAUUCAAAACAAAUGCCGGGAAAAUCCAGACAGAUGUAUAUUUGGGCACUCUUUGCAUUCGCAUCAGAAUCUUCCUAUCCUAGCAGAAUACAGUCUUGACCAGAUAGAUCCAAUAAAAGUCAAAGAAUGGAUGCAGCAACGACACAAUGAUAAGUCUAGAAGUUCUCGCCCGCCUCAAGUCUGCGUCUUCUAUAAUACACAAAGAGGAUGUAAGAACGGCGAAGAAUGUCCAUUUUUACACCUUUGUAAUUACUUUGUCAAAAGAAGCUGUAAGUUUGGGUCCCGUUGUUCUCGGAGCCAUGCCCUUCUCUCGAAAAGGAAUGUGGAAAUCCUUAAGGAACAUGAUAUUGACGUAGGAUCCAAUCCAGAUCAAAUUCUAGACACGCUAACCGCUCACAAUACACAGGACAAGCAAUUUGACAAAUUCGAAAGCCAUCCUUGUCUACCUGCAGAACCUGAUUACCCAAUGUCACAAUCCAAUAUGGAUGAAGGGAAUUAUAUGACUCCAGGAAAGCCAUUCCUGAUUGAAGCAAAAUCGGAUUGUAUAAAGCUGCAGUGGAAGCGUGUUUCUCAGUUAUCAUCCGACCAGGAAUAUCAGAUACAGUACAAGGACAUGUCGGAUGGACGAUGGUAUAUCUACAAUCAAUCAGUAUCCUAUGAUUCAACGCGAACUUCCGUGUCGGGUUUGAAGUCACAAUCGUCAUAUUCAUUCCGGAUCCGUGUUAUAGAUACCCGGAAAGGGAAAGAAUAUCCUUUUAGUCUCGAAAGUCCAGUUUUUGAAACACCAGAAUCUCCGGCUUUGAAGAUGCGAUAUCGUUCUAAGUUGUUCAAGUCCGGAAAUCCAGACGUAUUUCGACUACCUACGAAAGAGGUUUUAAAAGCAAGAAACAGUAAAGUCAAGUCCAAAAAACUUUCUAUAGGUUCAGAUGGAUUAGUUGUACGCGAGAAAACUAUCAUGUUAGUUGGAGCUACCGGAAGCGGAAAAAGCACUCUAAUUGAUGGUUUUGCUAAUUAUCUGUUCGAAGUGAACUGGGAAGAUCCUUUUCGGUUCACACUAGUGGACCUUGAACACGAGGAAAAGAGAAGACUUAGUGACCAGGCAUUAUCCCAGACUGAAUGGAUCACAUGUUACAGCAUUUAUCCAGAUGUAGCAAGCAAAUUAGACCAUGCACUGCACAUAGUGGAUACUCCAGGAUUUGGAGACACGAGAGGAGUUCAACGGGAUCAGGAAAUAAUUGACCAGAUUCGAGAAAUGUUCCUUUUACCAGGAGAUAAAGGAAUGGCUUGCCUCGAUGCCGUCUGCUUUUUAGUGAAAGCUCCAGACGCUCGACUUACACCAUCUCAGAAAUAUAUUCUGAGCGCCAUUUUGUCCUUGUUUGGAAAGGAUAUGGAGAGUAAUAUAUGCACAUGCAUUACAUUUGCGGAAGCACAAGAACCUCCAGUGCUGGCAUCUUUAGCCAAGUCACGUUUGCCACACAAAACAUAUUUCAAGUUCAACAACUCUGCAUUGUUCGCAAACAAUGAACACAAGGAUGAUCUUGCAUAUCGCUUUUGGGACAUUGGAAAGAGAAGUUUUGACAAUUUCUUUGAUUGCCUAGAUAAAAUGGAAACAAAAAGUCUUCAGAUGACGAAUGAAGUCCUUAAAACGAGACAAGAUCUGGAGAAUACGGUUCAUAAUCUUCAAAGUCUAAUUACGGCUGGAAUGUCCAAAAUAUCCGUUCUAGAAGAAGAAAUGGCAAUUUUUAAGAGACAUGAAAAAGAAAUACUGGAGAACAAGGAUUUUGUUUAUGAGGUCACAGAACAGGUUCAAGAAAAAGAGGAUAUAUCUGGGAGAGGUCAGCAUACGACGAACUGCCUAACCUGCAAUUACACUUGUCAUGAAAAGUGUCAUAUUCCUGAAGAUUCUCGUAAAGAUCAUUGUGUAGCGAUGAGCAGAGAUGGAACUUGUACUCAAUGUCCCGGAAAUUGUCGCUGGCAAGCUCACCACAACACUCCCUAUAUCAUUCGAUGGGUAUCCAAAAAAGUUAAGAAAACAUACCGUGAAAAAUUGCAGCGAUAUACCUCUGCCCAGGAAAACGUCAGCACACAGAAACAGGUUCUUCAAAAAAUGACUAGAAAUAUCAAGGAUCUUGAGGAAGGAAUAGCCAUUCUUCUCGGUACGAUAACCGACUGUAACAACAAGCUCAAGGAAAUCGCCUUGAAUGAGAACCCCAUGAAUACGGCCGAAUACAUAGAGUUAAUGAUUGAAAGCGAGAAAAGGGAAAGAAAGCCUGGGUACAUGGACCGUAUCAGGGUGCUAGAAGAAUGUCGACAAAAGGCGUUGAUUGGGCACGAAGCCACAGGCUUCUUACAAAAAUCUAGGCAAACUAGAAGAAGCGCUUCAACCAAGCACAAUAUUAAUCUUGGAAAUCGUGAUUCUGGAUCAUCAGUCAUCAGUAAACUGCAUUCUUUGAUGAGUAGAGCGUAAUAACAAUUUUAGAAAGUAAAUAAAAAAGAAUACAUGUAUACCAAAGUAAUUGGCAGAAUAAAUACUUUCUCUAAAAUGUACUUAUCAUCUCACCGAUUAUAAGUUCAUGUCUUAUAGUGUUAGGGGCUAUGGAAAACGUUGCUGAUAAUCAUUUGCAAAGAAACCAUAGUAUAUAUAAAAAACUAUUUCAAAAGACUCAUUGUUAAGCAUUGUAAUUUUUACAAUGUGAUCUUGUGUGCUAUUGCCCAGUUUGCCUAUGUUUUGUUAUAUGAGGUUUGAUUCAUAUCAAUAUAUUAUUUAUAAAAGAAGAUAUGGAACGUUUCAUCAUGCGGUAACCGAAACAUGAUAGAAUAUUCAUAGACCAUGCAGUGCCUUAUGUAAGAGUUGCUAUACAGAUAUAAUGCGUGAACAUAUUAAAAAGGAAACCAGUAUUCGUAUCUGUCAAUCUUUCAUCCUCAUUUUCUCUGUUGGGAUAUACAUGUAUUUUAAACAUUGCAUCGGGAUCGGUCUCAAUUCACUAGUGCUUAUAAACUAUCUAAACUGUGUGUUUGUUUCUGAGAUAGUAUUUUCUAGUUUAGUUUCUUUCUUUGUUCGUUUGCCUGUUAGUUCAUUAGUUUCUUUUCCAGUGUUAAAAUUUCAGUUAUUUUCCUUCUCAAGAAUGAAUCAACCAAUAUUUACUGUUAAUGAGACUGAAUAUAAUACAUCAAUUUCUUUUCUUCAACUAUUGGAAGGUAGAAUAAAGCAUAUAAAACCAUGUAGCGGAUUGACUGUCCAUAAAUGAUCGUAUACGUAUGUUAUACUAGUAUAUUGGUAGAUGUCAAAUUUAACAAUACAUUCCUGGAAGAGAUAACUAAGAACAUGAACAGAGGUUUUAUUUUUAAGUAUUACGUUAAUGUAGCUGUUUGAUCAUGAGAUUGUCCAAGAUCUGUAAAACCUUCUUAUCUAUUUGAUUAAAAUCUAAAUUUUGUAUAGAUUAUUGAAUCUCCAAACGAUGUGUUUGUCAUCGAUACUCUCAACUCUUUAUUCUGUCUGAGCUAUAAUCUUUGUAUUUUAUUGAACAGGAUGCACAUUUCAGCAACCUGUGGUGUUCUUUUUAAUGUGUGACUUAAUGUGAACAAUAUCAUGUUAUCUAUCUUUAACUUUUAUUUCUAUCCAGACAUUAUCCUGUUAUAUAACAUGAUACCGUUAACAAAUUUUUUGUUAUGAUUUUCAUUACUCGUUGUAUGAAUUGCUUCAAUAAAACUUACUUUAGUCGA